AUGGAAUUAGCAAAGGAAGACUCAGAGAGGUACGACAGCUUUGGCCGCCUGACAAAUGUGACCUUCCCUACUGGCCAGGUGAGCAGUUUCCGAAGUGAUACAGACAGCUCAGUGCAUGUCCAGGUAGAGACCUCCAGCAAGGAUGAUGUCACCAUAACCACCAACCUGUCUGCUUCAGGUGCCUUCUAUACACUGUUGCAAGACCAGGUCCGGAACAGCUACUACAUCGGGGCCGACGGCUCCCUGCGGCUGCUGCUGGCCAACGGCAUGGAGGUGGCGCUGCAGACGGAGCCCCACCUGCUGGCGGGCACCGUCAACCCCACCGUGGGCAAGAGGAACGUCACACUGCCCAUCGACAACGGCCUGAACCUGGUGGAGUGGCGUCAGCGCAAGGAGCAGGCUCGGGGCCAGGUCACCGUGUUCGGGCGCCGGCUGCGGGUUCACAACCGGAACCUCCUGUCCCUGGACUUUGACCGUGUGACCCGCACCGAGAAGAUCUAUGACGACCACCGCAAGUUCACCCUCCGGAUCCUGUACGACCAGGCCGGGCGGCCCAGCCUCUGGUCACCCAGCAGCAGGUUGAAUGGCGUCAAUGUGACGUACUCCCCCAGGGGUCAUAUUGCUGGCGUCCAGAGAGGCAUCAUGUCGGAGAGGAUGGAAUACGACCAAGCGGGUCGUAUCACAUCCAGGAUCUUUGCUGACGGGAAGACGUGGAGCUACACAUACUUAGAGAAGUCCAUGGUGCUGCUCCUCCACAGCCAGAGGCAGUAUAUCUUUGAGUUCGACAAGAACGACCGCCUCUCCUCUGUGACGAUGCCCAACGUGGCCCGGCAGACCCUAGAGACCAUCCGGUCUGUGGGCUACUACAGGAACAUCUACCAGCCACCCGAGGGCAAUGCCUCAGUCAUCCAGGACUUCAGCGAGGACGGGCACCUCCUCCACACCUUUUACCUGGGCACCGGCCGCAGGGUCGUCUACAAGUAUGGCAAACUGUCCAAGCUGGCUGAGAUGCUGUAUGACACCACCAAGGUGAGCUUCACCUAUGACGAGACAGCAGGCAUGCUGAAGACCAUCAACCUACAGAAUGAGGGCUUCACCUGCACCAUCCGCUACCGCCAGAUUGGGCCCCUGAUCGACCGCCAGAUCUUCCGCUUCACCGAGGAAGGCAUGGUCAAUGCUCGUUUUGACUAUAACUAUGACAACAGCUUCCGGGUGACCAGCAUGCAGGCUGUGAUAAAUGAGACCCCGCUGCCCAUCGAUCUCUAUCGCUAUGAUGACGUGUCAGGCAAGACAGAGCAGUUCGGGAAGUUUGGGGUCAUCUACUAUGACAUUAACCAGAUCAUCACUACGGCGGUCAUGACCCACACCAAACACUUUGACGCCUAUGGCCGGAUGAAGGAAGUGCAAUAUGAGAUUUUCCGCUCCCUCAUGUACUGGAUGACUGUCCAGUAUGACAACAUGGGGCGAGUAGUGAAGAAAGAGUUGAAGGUGGGACCCUAUGCCAAUACCACCCGCUACUCCUAUGAGUAUGACGCUGACGGCCAGCUCCAGACGGUCUCCAUCAAUGACAAGCCACUCUGGCGAUACAGCUAUGACCUCAAUGGGAACCUGCACUUACUGAGCCCCGGGAACAGUGCGCGGCUUACCCCACUAAGGUACGACCUCCGAGACCGCAUCACUAGGCUGGGUGACGUGCAGUACAAGAUAGACGAGGAUGGCUUCCUGAGGCAGCGGGGCGGGGAUGUCUUCGAGUACAACUCUGCUGGCCUGCUCAUCAAGGCGUACAACCGGGCCGGUGGCUGGAGCGUCAGGUACCGCUACGAUGGCCUGGGGCGGCGGGUGUCCAGCAAGAGCAGCCCCAGCCACCACCUGCAGUUUUUCUAUGCAGACCUGACCAACCCCACCAAGGUCACCCACCUCUACAACCACUCCAGCUCCGAGAUCACAUCCCUCUACUACGAUCUGCAGGGGCACCUCUUUGCUAUGGAGCUGAGCAGCGGUGACGAGUUUUACAUAGCUUGUGACAAUAUCGGGACCCCUCUUGCUGUCUUCAGUGGAACGGGCUUGAUGAUCAAGCAGAUUCUGUACACGGCCUAUGGGGAGAUCUACAUGGACACCAACCCCAACUUCCAGAUCAUCAUCGGCUACCAUGGUGGCCUCUACGAUCCACUCACCAAGCUCAUCCACAUGGGCCGGCGGGAUUAUGACGUGCUGGCUGGUCGCUGGACCAGCCCAGACCACGAGUUGUGGAAGCACCUUAGUAGCAGCAACAUCAUGCCUUUUAAUCUCUACAUGUUUAAAAACAACAACCCCAUCAGCAACUCUCAGGACAUCAAGUGCUUCAUGACAGAUGUGAACAGUUGGCUCCUCACCUUUGGAUUCCAGCUACACAACGUGAUUCCCGGCUACCCCAAGCCAGACAUGGAUGCUAUGGAACCAUCCUACGAGCUCAUCCACACACAGAUGAAAACUCAGGAGUGGGACAACAGCAAGUCUAUCCUCGGGGUACAGUGUGAAGUGCAGAAGCAGCUCAAGGCCUUCGUCACCCUGGAACGUUUUGACCAGCUCUACGGCUCCACGAUCACCAGCUGCCAACAGGCCCCCGAGACAAAGAAGUUUGCAUCCAGUGGCUCGGUCUUUGGCAAAGGGGUCAAGUUUGCCUUGAAGGAUGGCCGAGUUACCACAGACAUCAUCAGUGUGGCCAACGAGGAUGGGCGGAGGGUCGCUGCCAUCUUGAACAACGCCCACUACCUAGAGAACCUGCACUUCACCAUUGAUGGGGUGGACACCCACUACUUUGUGAAGCCAGGGCCUUCAGAAGGCGACCUGGCCAUCCUGGGCCUCAGUGGGGGGCGGCGAACCCUGGAGAAUGGGGUCAAUGUCACCGUGUCCCAGAUCAACACGAUGCUCAAUGGCAGGACUAGACGCUACACAGACAUCCAGCUCCAGUACGGGGCGCUGUGCUUGAGCACUCGCUACGGGACGACGUUGGACGAGGAGAAGGCGCGGGUGCUGGAGCUGGCCCGGCAGAGAGCCGUAAGCCAGGCGUGGGCCCGUGAGCAACAGCGACUUCGGGAAGGGGAGGAAGGCCUGAGGGCCUGGACGGAGGGGGAAAAGCAGCAGGCACUGAACACAGGGCGGGUUCAAGGCUAUGACGGCUUCUUCGUCAUCUCCGUGGAGCAGUACCCAGAACUGUCGGACAGCGCCAACAAUAUCCACUUCAUGAGACAGAGCGAGAUGGGCCGGAGGUGACAGAGAGGACUCCGGCCUGCACUUCUUGCCAAAGACAGCUACUCUUUUGUGGCCACACACCUGACUGUGUUGUACUUAAAAAAAAAAAAAAAAGAAAGAAAAAAAAAAAAAAAA